UGUGUUUGAUAGUCUUUGAUUCCGCCUAAAAGGUCAGAAUAAGUAGUUAUUCAAUUGUAUAUUUUUAUUUUGUACAAAGACAUUGAGGAAAAUACCCGCAGAAGCUCAUUUUCUAUCAGCUUUUGUUUUACUGUUACUCAUUCAUUUGUCAUUUGGGACAAGUCCAAUUUGGUAUCCAAUUUACUAUGAUCUGGCUGACUGGUUCUUGGAAAAAAAUUGGCACAACUUUUAAAUCUCAGCAGCAACUCCUGAUGUUUACUGGCUGUAAUUAUUUCAGAUAUGUUUUUACUAAACUCUCCAAACAUCAGUAUGGCACUGUCAACAUUAUGCUCCGACCCUUCCAGCAUGACAGAACCUGUUCAAGAAUCAAACUAAAUAGUAUCACCACCUUUCAGUUACAAAAUAGCAUUAGUCAUCAAGACAAACAUGUAGGAAAGCCUAAAAAUGUUUUCUUUCAAAAUAUUCACAAUGGUGAAAUGGAUGUAAAGCAAUGCAGAUAUCUAACCACUGAUAAUUCAAACAGUGACAUAAAUCAAAGUUGGAUAGCAAAGUUUCCAAAAUCGGUACAACCAUAUUUGGUAAUGUCUAGAAUGGAUCGUCCAAUAGGAUAUUGGUUACUAUUUCUUCCUGGAGCAUGGAGUAUUUCAUUGGCUGCUGAUGCUGGAUCAAUACCCAAUAUUCAUUUAUUGUCCUUGUUUUUUGUUGGCGCUGUGUUAAUGAGAACUUCAGGAUGUGUAAUCAAUGAUAUGUUGGAUGCAGAUCUAGAUAGAAAGGUUGCAAGAACGUCAACCAGACCCAUUGCAUCAGGUGAUAUCACUCAUCUUCAUGCCUUGAUUUUCCUAGCCAGUACAUUAAGUAUCUCCCUUGGAAUAUUGUUGUCUCUAAAUCAAUACAGUAUUGUACUGGGUGCAUCAUCACUUUUUCUUGUUGCAUCUUAUCCAUUGAUGAAACGGAUUACAUAUUGGCCUCAACUUGCACUAGGUUUUACCUUUAAUUGGGGUUGUCUUUUGGGAUGGUCUGCAGUUACAGGAUCCUUAGAUUUGACUGUAUGUUUACCAUUAUAUGCAGCAGCAGUCAAUUGGACAAUGCUAUAUGACACUAUUUAUGCCUUCCAGGACGUUGAAGAUGACAGAUGGAUUGGAGUGAAAUCUACAGCAUUAUUAUUUGGAGAUCAUGCUAAACCAUGUCUUACUGGUUUCGCUGCUGUUGUGAUUGCUAACCUAAUUGCUGUAGGAGUGAAUACCUCACAGACUUGGCCUUAUUACCUUGGUUUAAUUGCAGUAACCUCUCAUCUCACGUGGCAGGUUGCAACUGUUGACUUGUCUGUACCAAAAGACUGUCUCUCGAAGUUCAAGUCAAAUAGGUGGCUUGGAAUUAUACUGUGGAUGUCAAUCGUCAUGGCAACUCUGUGGAAAUCAGAUCAGGAAAAUACAGAACGUGCAGGGAAAACGACAAAACAACCUUAUAAUUUAUAAAAAAAAAUCCAAAACAUCGUUCGAGAAGAUUAACAUAAAGGCGUUCACAUGGAAUUAAGCGGGCGAAUUUAGAACCUCUCUUACUCGUCUGGUUUUCACGUAUGAACACGCAGGCUACAACUGGUAAAAUUCUUUUUCAUUUUACCGUGUAAACACCAAAAUCGGGUGAAAUUGAGCAUGGUCUCGAGUUAGAACAGAGAACCGCGUGAACGUACAACCUUUGUAACAAAUAACCAUUGUGUAGAUGUCAGGCGAGGUUGACAAUGUCGGUCAUUUUGUUGUGUAAAACCAUGCAGAAUAUCACUGAUGCAAAUGAUUUUAAAAAUGAAAAAUUUAUUAAUGCAAUAAU